AUGGCAAGUUUUCAGGCCCGCAUCAAACGAGCCCACUUUCAGGUUGUUCUGUGGCAAGCGGCAGGGGAGCCAUCUCCUCCUGAGCUCGAUCCUGUUGAGUAUGUCAUGAAUAUUACUGCUCCCGCUGCUUCCGUGAUCUGGGAACUGGCCACGUCGACCUCUGACCCCGCCACUCAGGUCACAAGGGCCCAGGACCGGAACAUCGUUAGCGUCCACCAGUACCAGGUCACCAAAUGGACACUCGUGGCUCUCCAAGUGGCCGUCUGCACCUUUGGACUGGUCACCAACGUCAUCAACGUCGCCGUCUUCAUCAAAAUGGGCGUGGCGGAGAGCGCAACAUCAAUAUCCUUCUUCUCUCUCGCCGUGUCCGAUUUGGCUUUCGUCGUCGCUUACUUCAUCUUCAUCCUCCUCACCAUUCACGGACACUUCAGCAGCAACUUCGCUUAUAACGUCAUCGCUGUAUUUGUGUUCACUCUCCCCUACUCCCUCUCCUCGGCUAUAACGGCCUACCUGUCCUUACAAAAAAUGUUUUGCGUGGCCAUACCUUUAAAGUUUAGAAACGUGUUCACACUCCAGCGAACUGUGAUAGUUCUAGUGUUCAUGUCGGCAGUUAUCACGGCCUGUUUCGUACCUAUGUUCGCGACUAUGUAUCCUGUGGAGUUUCAGAACUCUGUGACAAACAGUAGCAUGGUUAUACUCGCUUAUAGGCCCGGCGGUCCCAAGUUACGGAGAGCGUUCGAAAUCUCAAUCCAGUACCUUCUCCCUUUGUCGGCCCAGGUGAUCGUUAUCGUCUGCCUGGUGAUUCUUAUGACCAAGCUCAAGCAAGCGUCCAGAUUUCGGCACAGUAAUCUCACGAAAACAACCGAGAGCGACUCGGCAAACUCCGGAAGCUUCCGUCUGUCGGGGAAAGAACUACAGGCUGUGAAAGCAGUGACUGUGGUCGCGGGAAUGUUUGUUACGUGCAACCUGCCACCAGUUUGUGUCACCAUGGCAACCAUCAUAGAGCCCAGGUAUCAUGAUACCAGUUUGUAUUUCAGACUGUACAACGCCAUCACUUUCGCCCGCUACACUUUGAUGACCUUCUGCUCGUCCUUGAACUUGCUGGUGUACGUUAAGUUCAACACCAACUUCCGCCAAACGCUAGCAAAUAUGUUCUCUAGCCGGGCCGACACAAACGCCUGGGAAUAG